GCAGGCUGGGAAGAAAAGGAAGAGGAGGACGCGGGGCGGGAUAAAGGAUGCCUCCGGGGACGAAGGGUGAGUCACGUGAUGUGGUGGUAUCCUCUAGUACUGAAGGUGAUGCUAUUAAAGUUUAUGUAAGAGUGCGUCCUCCUUCAGAAGGAACUGUGCUUGCUGAUGGGGAUCAUGGCUUGUGUUUAUCCGUUCUUUCAUCAAAUACAAUCCGUCUUCAUUCAAAGCCGGAACCUAAGAUUUUCACCUUUGAUGAUGUGGCAGAUAUGGACACAACCCAGGAAUCAGUGUUCUCAAGCGUGGCAAAAAAUAUAGUGGAAUCAUGUAUGAAUGGCUACAAUGGAACCAUCUUUGCCUAUGGACAGACUGGUUCAGGGAAAACUUUUACUAUGAUGGGACCUCCUGAUUCAGAUAACUUUACUCAUAAUUUGAGAGGAGUAAUUCCACGAAGUUUCGAAUACCUGUUUUUUCUAAUUGAACGUGAAAAAGAAAAGGCUGGUACUGGAAAAAGUUUUCUCUGUAAGUGUUCGUUUAUUGAAAUCUACAAUGAACAAAUAUUUGAUUUACUGGAUUCAGCUUCAGCUGGCCUCUUCCUCAGGGAGCACAUCACAAAAGGCGUAUUCGUUGUUGGUGCUGUGGAGCAAGUGCUGACCUCAGCUGCUGAAGCUUACCAAGUUUUAACGAUGGGCUGGAGAAAUCGUCGUGUAGCAUCUACCUCAAUGAACAGAGAGUCCUCAAGGUCGCAUGCUGUCUUCACUAUCACAGUAGAAUCAAUGGAGAAGAACAAUGAGGUUAUGAACAUUCGGUCCUCUCAACUCAAUUUGGUGGAUUUGGCUGGAUCAGAGAGACAAAAAGAUACUCAUACUGAAGGCGUUAGGUUAAAGGAGGCAGGAAACAUAAACCGUUCAUUAAGUUGCCUGGGCCAAGUGAUCACUGCACUUGUUGAUGUGGGCAAUGGAAAACAGAGGCACAUCUGCUACAGGGAUUCCAGACUGACUUUUCUGCUACGGGAUUCACUUGGAGGUAAUGCCAAAACCUGUAUCAUAGCAAAUGUUCAUCCAGGAUCCAGAUGUUUCGGUGAAACUUUGUCCACUCUUAACUUUGCUCAGAGGGCAAAAUUGAUCAAAAACAAGGCUGUAAUAAAUGAAGAUACCCAAGGGAAUGUAAGACAGUUGCAAUCUGAAGUGAAAAAACUGAAAGAACAGCUUGCUUUGUUUGCUUCAGGGCAAUGUUUGUGUACUGCUUCUCUUCCUACAGGUACCACCUCACCUGAUGUGGGACAUACAGAUUAUAUGAACCGCUUCCUUGAAGCAAUGCUGUUCUUAGAAAAAUCUGAAAAAGAAAGAAAGAUGCUGUUAGAAAAAGUUGCCCAACUAGAAGAUCUCUCAGUAAAAAAGGAGAAGUUUAUUCAGUCAAAUAAAAUGAUAGUUAAAUUCAGAGAGGAUCACAUUACCCGUCUAGAAAAGCUACAUAAAGAGGCUCGUGACACCUUUUUGCCUGAGGAACAACAGGACUUCUUCAGGGAUUUGAAGGAGGAGCUAAAGAUUCUCAGAGAACAGGUGGAGCAUCAUCCGCGGAUUGCAAAAUAUGCCAUGGAGAACCAUAUUCUCCGGGAAGAGAACAAGCAGCUUCGUUCCUUACAAUCAGUGAAAAGGGCCCAGGAAAUGGAUGCUCAGACCAUGGCAGAAUUGGAAAAAAUGUUCUUAGAAACCUCGCGUAGAGAGUGUAAUGACAGAGGUCAGCAGCUGGGUUCUAUGGCCCUGUCAACAGAUAGUAAUACUGCAGCAUCUAUGGAAAAGCUGAAGGAACGCCUGCUUCAUACACAGAGUGAACUAGCAAGUGCCAAACAAGAACAUGAAGAAUUCAAAGAGCUAACAAAAAAAAAACAGAUGGAGCUGGAGUCAGAGCUUCAGUCUGUACAGACAACGAACCAACACCUUGAAAAAAUUUUGGAAGCGACUAAGGCUUAUAAACGCCAAGAAGUCUCUCAUCUUAAUAAAUUGCACAUAGAAACUUUAAAGAGCGUAACUACUCCGACAAGGGCUUAUCAGCUAAGAUCUCGACUGGUGCCACGAUUAACCCCUGAAAUGUUGAACCAGGAGUCUACUGAUACUCAGAGUUCAAGAGAGAUAAUUGAUGAUAUUUUCAAUGAGCCAAUGCCUCCUGAGAUGAAUGAACAAGCAUAUGAGGCUGUGGCAGAAGAGCUACAAACAGUGCAGGAAGAAUUAAGUGCUCUUCAGAUUAAACUAGAUGCGGAAGAAAGUAAGGCAAUAAAGCUGCAGCAGCAGGUUAAUAAAUUAGAGCACCAUUCUUCACAAAUGCAAGAGCUUUUUGCCUCAGAAAGAAGUGGCUGGCAAAAUGAAAAACAAGGACUUCUUGAAAAGAUAGACUCCCUUGAAAAGGAAUACCAGGACACACAAAUCAAAGUUGACAUAUUAAAGAGUGAGGUUCACGACUUGCGAAUUGUACUGCAGUCUGCAGAUAAGGAACUGUCUGCUAGAAAAAUGGAGUAUGAUGCUUUCAGAAAAAGCCAAGAGAAAGAAAUAAAUGAACUUUCUAUCAGACAUAUGAAUGUACAACUGCAACUUGAUAAUGUCAGGCUAGAAUAUGAGAAAAUACUUGAAGGAAAAACAAGCCUGCAAGAUGAUUAUGACAAUCUCCAGGAAAUACAUAAAUUUGAGACUGAUCAGAUGAUACAGCAGCUUACUGAUAGCAAGCAAGAAAAUGAAGCACUGAAAACUGAACUUCAGAAUGUUUUGGGCCUGUUGGAAAGUGAAAAAGAACAUAAUCAGAAAUUAACAAUGCAGUUAGAAGAAGAUAAAGAACAUAAUUCCAAGGAGCACCUAAACACUCUUCAAAUUAAGGACCUUGAGAAACAGUCCUCUGAGAUGGCAUCAAUAUGUGAACAGCAGGAAGCUAAGUUGUGGAAACUGGAACAAAAUUUAGCUGCUGCUGAAGAAGUUAUUGCUUCUCUGCAGAAAACAAACAGUGCUGAUAAGGAAGUUGUAUCAGACCUAAUGAGCCAGAUUUUAGAGAUGAGAGUGACUACUAGUCAGAAGACUGAGUGCAUUGAAGGACUCACAAAUGAGUUGGAAGAUCUAAAAUGUAAGUAUAAUUCAGCUUUGGCUGCAAAAGAAAGCAACAAAACAACAAUAGAAGUUCAGGAGAGGCAAAUAGAAGAGCUGAGAGAGGCCUUGGAGCGAGUACAAGUUGCUGACAAAAUUGAGAAAGAAAUUCUUUGUGAAGAACUGCAUCAUACCUCUGAGCAGCUAAGCAGUUUAACACAAGCUUCUAAACAUCAUGUAGCACUUCUUCAGUCUGCACAAGAAGAUCUAAUUAAGAAAGAAGCAUUAAUCCAAGAGCUUGAGGAGCAGCUGGCCAAAAAGACAGAAGAACUGGAAAACAGAAAGAAUGAAUAUGAAUUUAAAAAGCGGCAAAUGGACUGUGUUAUGGAAUCUGCUGUUGCAGCAUUUCCACAGUCUCCCAAAACGCCACCCAACUUUGACGCAAAUUUGGUAAAGCUGUUAGAAACACACGAGCAGGAGAUAGCAGACCAAAGAGCCUCUGCAGUUACCUUGGAACAUCUUGUCUCUGAGUUAAAUGAAGAAAGAGAAGUUAAAAAUACUGAAAUUCUAAGACUAAAGGCACAGUUAUGUGAAUUGGAAAACACCCGUCUAGAAAUGCAAGUAUUAAUGGAAAACAACAGAAAUCUUCAGAGCCAGCUUGAAGAAGCCAGAAGAGGAAGGAAGAACAGUGGUUCAAAAUAUCCAGAUAUUCAAGUUCUAAGGGAGAGAGAGAAAGAAAUCACUGAAGAGAGGUUGGCCAAGAAUAAAGCAUUGGAAGAAAUGUUGAGAAUUAGAUCAGAGUUAGAAAAAAUCAAAAGUGAACUUGGAAACAAAGAGACUGCCUUUCAGGAAAUUGUUCAAGAGAUGGAACGAACAAGAGCUUUGGAGUCGAAAGCAUUUAGUGAGAAAGAAGAAUUGAGAUCAAAACUGGAAGAGUUGUAUGAGGAGAGGGUAAAACAUGAAAAGGAGAUGUCUUCACUAAGGAAACAUAUGGAGUUUCUUGCUGAGGAGAAUGGGAAGCUGGUUGGUCAUCAAAACUUAAAUCAGAGGAUCCAGUACCUUGUGAAAAUGAAGAAAGAGAAUACUAAACUGAAAGAGGAGGUUGAAUUACUUCGUGCUGAAAAUGAUUUCUUGAAAGAAAGAUUCCAAGAACUAUCAUAAUUAUCUACAUCAAGAACUAAAAGUACUAAUUUUCAUGAUUUACACAAAGCAAAGAUACAUAACUCAGAAUAUCCUACUAGCCAAAAUCCAUGGUUGUUAUGAAAGUAUGAAAUGUAUUGUUGCCCCAGUUCUCAUUCUUUCUUACUUGGCCCAAGGUAGCAAAUCAAUCCCAGUCACAACUGGUAGGUGCUGGGAAUUACAACUCUGUCUCCUUAGUAGUAUAACUUUUUCAUUCUCUGUCUUCCCAGGAGGGUCAGGAAUGUAAUACUUAUUUCACAAUAUUUAUAUACUGAAUGUUGAAAACAUUUAGCUCAAGGCUAUGGAUUAUUUCAUGUAUUUUUUCAA